AUGAGAUCUUCUCCUAGGAUGGGGCCUUCAGCCCAUCUUGUUUCCGCUUUAGGAAUUAUCAUCAUGGCAACAAUGGUUGUUGCGUAUGAACCAUACACAACUAGCUUACCGCCACUACCAUCAUAUUCACCAUCCCCGGAUGUAGAAUACAAAUCACCUCCUCCACCAUCUGUCUACAAUUCACCUUCACCACCACCAUAUUACUCUCCAUCGCCUAAAGUCGACUACAAGUCUCCUCCACCACCAUAUGUCUACAGUUCUCCUCCACCACCAACAUACUACUCACCAUCCCCUAAGGUAGAGUACAAGUCUCCUCCACCACCAUAUGUCUACAGCUCCCCACCACCACCACCAUACUAUUCACCAUCCCCGGUUGAAUACAAAUCUCCACCACCAUCAUAUGUUUACAGUUCCCCACCACCACCACCAUACUAUUCCCCAUCACCCAAAGUAGAGUACAAAUCUCCUCCACCCCCAUAUGUCUACAGUUCUCCACCACCACCAACCUACUCUCCUUCUCCUAAGGUUGACUACAAGUCCCCUCCACCACCAUAUGUUUACAGUUCUCCACCACCACCGUAUUACUCUCCCUCUCCAAAGGUCGACUACAAGUCUCCUCCACCACCAUAUGUAUACAGCUCCCCACCACCACCCCCAUACUAUUCACCAUCGCCGGUUGAAUACAAGUCUCCUCCACCACCAUAUGUUUACAGUUCCCCACCACCACCACCAUACUACUCUCCCUCACCUAAGGUGGAUUACAAAUCUCCUCCACCACCGUAUGUAUACAGUUCCCCACCACCACCAUACUAUUCUCCCUCGCCUAAGGUAGACUACAAGUCUCCUCCACCACCAUAUGUAUACAGUUCCCCACCACCACCAUACUACUCUCCCUCCCAAAGUUUACAAGUCUCCUCCUCCACCAUAUGUCUACAGUUCUCCACCACCACCAUACUACUCUCCAUCCCCCAAGGUUGUAUACAAGUCCCUCCACCACCGUAUGUAUACAGUUCUCCACCACCACCACAUUACUCACCAUCUCCUAAGGUAGAUUACAAGUCUCCUCCACCACCAUAUGUCUAUAGUUCUCCACCACCACCAUAUUACUCACCAUCUCCUAAGGUUGAGUAUAAGUCUCCUCCACCACCAUAUGUCUACAGUUCCCCACCACCACCAUACUAUUCUCCUUCUCCAAAGGUACACUAUAAGUCUCCUCCACCACCGUAUGUCUACAGUUCCCCACCACCACCAUACUACUCUCCCGCACCUAAGGUACACUAUAAGUCUCCUCCCCCACCAUAUGUCUACAGUUCCCCACCACCACCAUAUUACUCUCCAUCUCCUAAGGUACACUACAAGUCUCCCCCACCACCAUAUGUCUACAGUUCUCCUCCACCACCAUACUACUCACCAUCUCCUAAAGUUCAUUACAAAUCUCCACCACACCCACAUGUAUGCGUCUGUCCACCACCGCCUCCAUGCUAUUCUCCUUCUCCAAAGAUUGUAUACAAAUCUUCUCCACCACCAUAUGUCUACAACUCUCCACCACCACCAUAUUACUCACCAUCUCCUAAAGUAUACUACAAAUCUCCUCCACCACCAUAUGUUUACAGUUCUCCACCACCACCAUACUACUCACCUUCUCCUAAAGUAUACUACAAGUCUCCUCCACCACCAUAUGUCUACAACUCACCACCCCCACCAGCGUACUCACCAUCCCCUAUGGUAGACUACAAGUCUCCUCCUCCACCAUAUGUCUACAGUUCCCCACCACUACCAUACUACUCACCUUCGCCUAAGGUAUACUACAAGUCUCCACCACCACCAUAUGUUUACAGUUCUCCACCACCACCAUACUACUCACCUUCCCCAAAGGUUGACUACAAGUCUCCACCACCACCAUAUGUCUACAGUUCCCCACCACCACCAUACUACUCUCCAUCCCCUAAGGUAGACUACAAGUCUCCACCACCACCAUAUGUCUACAGUUCCCCACCACCACCAUACUACUCACCUUCCCCUAAGGUAGACUACAAAUCUCCCCCACCACCAUAUGUUUACAGUUCCCCACCGCCACCAUAUUACUCACCCUCCCCUAAGGUAGACUACAAGUCUCCACCACCACCUUCAUAUUACUGA